AUGACUGUUGACACUCAAAAAUUCGAAAUCUCCCCAUUGGGAAACACCAAAUUGUUCCAACCAAUUAAAUUAGGUUCCAAUGUUUUGUCUCAAAGAAUUGCUUAUGCUCCAACCACUAGAUUCAGAGCUUCUGAUGAACAUGUUCCAUCUGAUUUACAACUUGAAUAUUAUUCUGCUAGAUCUCAACAUCCAGGUACUUUAAUCAUUACUGAAGCUACUUUUGCUUCUGCUGAAGGUGGUAAGGAUGCUCAUGUUCCAGGUAUUUACUCUAAAGAACAAACUGAAGGUUGGAAAAAAAUCAAUGAUGCUAUUCACGCUAACAAAAGUUUAAGUUCUGUUCAAUUAUGGUAUUUGGGUCGUGUUGCCAAUGCUGCUGAUUUGAAAAAACUGAAUUUACCACUUAUUGGUCCAUCCGCUGUUUACUGGAAUGAAGAAAGUGAAAAAUUAGCCAAAGAAGCCGGUAAUGAAUUACGUGCAUUAACUGAAGAAGAAAUUGAACACAUUAUUGAAGUUGAAUAUCCAAAUGCUGCUAAAAAUGCUCUUGCUGCUGGUUUCGACUAUAUUGAAAUUCAUUCUGCUCAUGGUUAUUUGUUAGAUCAAUUCUUGAAUGUUGCUUCUAACAAAAGAACUGAUCAAUACGGUGGUAGCAUCGAAAACCGUGCUCGUUUAUUAUUGAAAAUCGUUGAUAAAUUGAUUCCAAUUGUCGGUGCUGAUAGAUUAGCUCUUAGAUUAUCUCCAUGGGCUACUUUCCAAGGUGUUGAACCAGAAGGUGAAGAAAUCCACAGUUAUAUUUUGAAAGAAUUACAAAAAAGAGCUGAUGAAGGUAAUCAAUUGGCUUAUGUUUCUAUUGUUGAACCAAGAGUCAGUGGUAUUUUUGAUGUUACUGAACAACUUGGUACUAAUGAAUUUGUUUACAAACACUGGAAAGGUACUUUCAUUAGAGCUGGUGCUUAUGCUCAAGCUUUCAACAGAAUUGAAGAAGAUAUUCAAAACGAUAGAACUCUUAUUGCAUUCUCCAGAUUCUUCACUUCUAACCCAGAUUUGGUUCAAAAAUUAAAGGAUGGUACUGCUUUGACUCCAUACAACAGAGAUGAAUUUUAUAAAUACUACAACUAUGGUUACAACUCUUACGAAGAAGACCAAAAAGAAGUCUUGCCAAAGCCAUUGGCUUAG